AUGUCUGAUGUGACGUUAAAUCAGCCAUCGUUUGUUACUGGUUUUAUUGAUAUUUAUCGACAGUUACCAAGUUUAUGGAAUAUUAAGUCAAAACAGUAUUCAAAUCGAAAAGAAAAGGCAAAGGCGUAUGAGAAACUUAUAAGUUAUUGCAAAACCGUAGACAAAAAUGCUUCGAUGGAUAUGGUAAAAAAGAAAAUUAAUAAUAUUAGAAGUGCCUUUCGAAAGGAGCACAAAAAAGUUCUAAAAUCAAAAAGAAGUGGAUCAUCUACAGAAGAGCUGUAUGAGCCAACUCUUUGGUAUUAUAAAUUACUGCUUUUUACGGCUUCGCAGGAAGAACCUAGGAUGUCAGUUUCAAAUGAUGAUGAGUCGGAGUCGGAGGGUGACGAUGCCAAUAAUGAGGAAGAUGUCACCCAGCAUGAUACUCAAUUUUCACCGCUUACUGAAGAUGCGUUGCAAGCACCGUCUGAAAUAUAUCAGCUAUCACCACCACAAACACCGCAUCAGUCAUCAACCUAUUCACGUCCAUCAACUUCCAGAUCUUCUAAUAGUGCAAAAAGAAAGAAGUAUGGACAGGAAGAAAGUAUCCAAAGGAUUUGCGCUAAGUUGGACAGAGAAAAUGAUGAAUGUGACAGUAUUGGAGAAAAUGUGGCCCAUAAACUGCGCCGAAUGGACAGCGACCAGAAAAUGUAUGCUGAAUUAUUACUUCACCGUCUUCUCUUCCUUGGUGUUCAAAAGAAAUUAUGCGAGGAAUCUCAUAUAUGUAUAAAUUCGGCACAUAGCGUUUCAUCUCAUUAUAAUACUAUGUUGCCAAUGCAACUUCAAUACAAUCAACAGCCACAACCUUUAACUCCUUCUCCUUUCCAACCCAUAUUAACAAAUCAGCAACAACAAACUUUCACUUCUUCGCAACACACAUCAACUUACAAUCAGCAACAAAAUGUCACUCUUUCCCGACCCUCAGCAACUAUUUCUGAAACACAGUACACAAAUGCAGAAGGAGAAAACCUCGACAUAAAUAUAAACUAUAUAAGACCUCUUGAUAAAACUACCCCUGAAACAAUGGAGGAAAGCGGCAACACGUCGAAACUUAAAGGAUCUUUAACUGAAUUGCUGUGCCAACAAAAGUGGAAGACUUUGAUACGCACAUACACAGCUACUAAAGAUAAUGAGAAUAAAAUAGGAAGGGGGUCUACUAGAUUUAAAUUUUUUGAGGAGAUAGAUGCCUUCUUAGGCAACAAGCUCUCAAAGGAAGGUCAUCACACACUAGAGUCCAGUGAAGAGGGGUCAAGUGGUACAGCAGAGAUAGAAACCACUGUUGAUACCAAUUUGCAUAAUGACAGUAUAAGUGGAAAUAUGGAAAAUACACAGCAAAAAGAAAAUAAAAACAUGUCAAAAAAGGUGACGCAGUAUCGAGCCCCUAUCACACUUGGUGGCCGUCCAGGUGAAUCAGCCACGGACGCACAGGAAGACGAAGGUAAAUCACAGUCACUGGAAUUGCCGGUUCGUGCCGGCAUAACGCCGGGCGUCAAGGCGGCGGGCGGUAUGGGCAGUCGUACCGGUGUGCGCUGA